AUGAAAUAUUAAAAGAAUGGCCAUCUUUUUGAAGAUGGAACAUAUAUUGAAUUCAGUGUCAAUAAUAAUAAAUAAACAUUUAUUUACUAAUAAAUUCCAGAUUAGGCUACAGCAUAAUUAUACGAUAUCAGUUCAGAUUUUAAUUAGAUUGAUCAAUUAUCAGAAUCUAAACUUUCACCUGAGAUCAAAUCUGUUUAAGAUAAAAAAUAAGAGAGCCAAUGCCAGAAAUUCUUAUAUAUGAUCCCAGUAUUUCACCCAACUUCAAAGGGCUUGAUAGCUUGGUAAUUUAUUAUGGUCAUCAUUAUAUUUUUAUACUUCUUCUAUAUACCAUUAAAAGUAAUGAAUGUGGUUUAUUUAGAUAGCAUUUACUGAUGAAAUAAAUGGCCUAAACCCUGAUUAUACUAAGAUGGUUGAUACAUUUCUUAUAUUUUCAAUUAUUGUUUUGGGUUUUGAUUUGUUGGUUUCAUUUAAUACAGGAUUUACAUAAAAUGGGUAAGUAAUUUUGGAUAGGCAAUAGAUUGUGAAUCAUUAUUUAAUAAUCGUAUAUAUGAUUAUCUAUAUUAUUAGGAAUUCGAAUUAGAUUUUAUUGGAGUGUUGAGUCUGAUCCUAUCUUAUAUUUUUGAUCUUGAUUUUAUUAGAUUACUAUUUUAUUUGCGAGUUUAUUACGUCAUUAGAUUUGACAAUAAAAUUGAUCAUUAAUUAUUACUCAAAAAAAGUAUUGAUAUAAUAAGCAUCUUAAAUUAGCAUUUAAAGGGAUCUACCUUCUUAUAAAAUUGAUUAUAGUGAUGCUUUUUGUGGCACAUAUAAUGGCUUGUAUAUUUUAUGGAAUUUCAUAUUCUGAAUUAAUGAAGGAUGAAAACAGCCAGACACCUUACAUUGAUACAUGGAUUGUUUAUAAUGGGUAUGCUAUAGUUAAUGACUAAAUCAUUUAAUCUUCUUUGGUUGCUAGAUAUUUGGUAUCAUUUUAUUGGGCCAUAACUACAGUAUCUACUAAUGGUUAUGGAGAUAUAACUCCUAAGAAUAAUUCUGAAAUAGGAUGGACUUUAUUGACAAUGAGUAAAAUGGUAAUAAAUAUUUUUAGUAAUUGCUGGAAUGGUAUUUGCAUUUAAUAUAUCAUCAAUAAGGGAAACAUUGAUUGAUUUGAAUUAGGCUUAAAUAAUGGAACAUAAUUUUGAAACCAUAAUAAAUCGUUAUAUGAAAAUGAAGAAUAUUUCAAUAAAUACUUAAUAAAAAGUGAUUGAUUAUUUUUAAUAUAUUUGGAAAGAAGAGAAAAAUCGUAAUAGAGAAAUAGAGGAUAUGCUUAUAUCUAAAUUAGAACCAGAAUUAAAAUUACAAUUAUAAUAUGAGACUUAUAUAUAGUUUGUUAAUUGUCGAAUAUUUUAUAUGAUGUAUUUUAGCACUGAAUUUUUAUACUAACUAUCUUAAUAUAUGGAAGAACACACAUAUGGUCCUAAAGAAGAAUUAUAUUUUGAGGAUAAACAAGGAGAUUAAUAUUUGAUGUACCUUUAAAAAGGGGAAGUAUUAAUUGUAAAAAUAUAUAUUAAAAAUUUGAGUUUGUGGAAAAUUACUAUAAUUUGGUUAAUGUGAAAACUAGAAUUGAUUAUAUUGAAUAAGGAAAAUGUUUAGGAUAACAAUCUUUCUUUAUGAAUGAGCGAUUCCCAUUUAAAGCAUAGACUUAAAAAUGGUGCAAUAUUUAUAGAGUAUCAAGAAUAAAGUUUAUAAAUGUUCUUCGACAAUAUCAAAAAGAUUUUGAAUUAUUUCAUUUAGUUAUAUCCAAAAGAUAUAGUGAUCCCUAUGAAUUCUAUACAAAAUUGGAUCUUAAAUGUUUUACUUGUAUGUCAGAAUCACAUUAAGCAGAUACUUGUGAUGUAACUCAUUAUUAAAAAAAUAAUUUGGUUUUCAAAAUAAAUGUAAAGGAUGAUAAAUUGAAAAGAGAGUAAUUCGAAAGAAAGCGUAAGAAACAAUAUAAAUCAGUUUUGAUUUAACAUAAGAUCAAACGAAUUGCUUAAGAUUGUAUGAUGAGAAUAAAAUCUACUAAAUUUAGGAAACAAAUUAAUUCGGAUAGCAGCUUUGAAGAUUCAGAGGAAGAUGAUUUCUAUUAAUAAUAAUAAUAUUAGAAUUAGAUAGGUGAAAUUAGAUAGAUGUUAGGAAACAUUCUUAAAGAAUUAGGAGAAGAUGUCAAUUUGUAAUAAAAAUAAUAAGUUAAAUUAUUUAUACCUGAACGUAAUUAAUAAAUAAAAUAAUCUAGGUCCUCAAUUUGAUCCUUUUGAGAGAUCAUUUUGCAUAGACGAAGUUAAGAACUAUGAACAUUUCUAUCCAAAGCACAACUUGAUUACUAUAAAAAAUAAAAUAUUUUGA